ACCGUUUGAGGCCACCCUUCAUCCCUCUCUCCAUCUCCUGAGCGCACUCACCACCGACUGAGUGGGUGAGCGAGUGAGUGACGCACCACCCUACCGCACUCCGUACAAGGAUGACCAUGGAAGAGAUGAAGAACGAAGCAGAGACAAACUCCAUGGUGUCAAUGACACUCUAUGCUGUCAUGUACCCGGUAUUCAAUGAGCUGGAGAGAGUGAACAUGUCUGCGGCACAGACACUAAGAGCUGCGUUUAUAAAAGCUGAGAAGGAGAACCCAGGUCUGACUCAGGACAUCAUCCUCAAGAUUUUGGAGAAGAAGAAUGUGGAAAUUAACUUCACUGAGUCACUGCUGCGAAUGGCUGCUGAUGAUGUCGAAGAAUACAUGAUUGACAGGCCGGAGCCAGAAUUUCAGGACCUGAAUGAAAGGGCUCGGGCACUCAAACAGAUCCUCAGCAAAAUCCCAGACGAGAUCAACGACAGAGUACGCUUUUUACAGACAAUCAAAGACAUUGCAAGUGCCAUAAAGGAGCUGCUGGACACAGUCAACACUGUUUUUAAGAAAUACCAGUAUCAAAACAGAAGGGCAUUGGAGCACCAGAAGAAAGAGUUUGUGAAGUACUCCAAAAGCUUCAGUGACACUCUGAAAACAUACUUCAAAGACGGAAAGGCAGUAAAUGUGUUCAUCAGUGCCAACAGGCUUAUCCACCAGACCAACUUGAUACUGCAGACUUUUAAAACUGUGGCAUAGGACGUUCUCUUUCUCUGUUUUUUCAUUAUUUUUUGAACAUAAAAAUAACCUUUAUAUGAACAAUGUAAAGAUGUUGGACUUGUAUAAUUUAUGAAAAUUUGCCUCACAAGGGGAAACCACUUGAGGCGUAACAGUUUUAAUUUCUCUCUUUUGUUUAAUGGCAAGCUUUGUCUUUCCUCAAAUUCCUUCCUUCUGAGCACUUCACCAUCAUGUUUAUGGACACCAAGACUGUUUUUAUUUUUCUAUGUCUCUUUCUUCUUAUCUCCCGUGACUUGCUUGUCCAUUCUGUCUGAGACAAAAUGUCCCAGCGCGACUCUGAGUCUUAGCGACAACGUCAUGAAAACAUUCCUCGUCUGUUUUGUACACAACUGCAUCUCCCAUUUUUCUUUUUGUCUGUUUUUCCAUGGCUCUGCCUGUCUGUCUGAUGCUCAAUGCUUCAAAGAAUGGGAAAUUAUAAGAUGAUGAUUUUGUUAACUUAAUAACUGUCUAAGCAGAACUGUUCCAAAUAAACACGCUGCACAUGCUGGAAAAGUUUUA